AUGUCAGAAUGUCCGGAUGAUAUUGAGGAGGACGGCGAAGAUUUGAUUGCUCAUGUUUCUGUAACAGUUGACGGUACCUGGCAGAAAAGAGGUCACUCAUCAAAAAUCGGAGUGAUCUUUGUUAUCUCAGUUGCAACUGGGGAAAUCCUAGAUUAUGAAGUAAAAUCACUCUUCUGCCAUGAAUGUAAAGCUCAUAACAACCAAGAUCAUGAAGGCGACGAGUUCCAAGAGUGGAAGAAGGCUCAUGAACCAAAAUGUGAAGUGAACCAUGUAGGAUCGUCUGAAGAGAUGAAAGCUGUGUCUGCUGUUGACAUAUUUAGCCGAAGUAUUGCAACAAGAAAAUUAAAGUAUACAACCUUUGUUGGUGACGGAGACAGCAGUAGUUUUGGCCGGGUAAAGGAGGCACUGGAUAAAAAGUUUGGUGCUGCUUAUGAAAUUAAGAAAGAGGAAUGUGUGGGGCAUGUUCAGAAGUGGCUUGGAAGUGGUUUGAGAAGGUAUAAGAAUGACAUGAAGGGAAAGAAACUUUUGGACGGUAAAUCGGUUGGAGGAAAAGGACGGUUGACAGACAAGGUGAUUGAUAAAAUGCAAAAUUAUUACGGCAAGGCAAUUCGGGGAAACAAAGGAAAUCUGGAAGGGAUGAGGAGCAGCAUUAAAGCCAUUCAGCACCACAUGAUAAAGAAUGAUGAACUAACACUAGAACAACAACACCAAUACUGUCCCAAAUCAUCUGAUACAUGGUGCAAAUACUGGAAGGACAAAGCCGACGGAACUAAGUUGUACAAUGAAGAUAACCGGUUACCUGAGGUUUUUAUGAAACAAUUGGACCCACUUUUCACAAGGCUAUCUAAUGAUGACCUCUUGAGGAGGUGUUUGAAAGGGAUGACCCAGAACCAGAACGAGGCAGCUAAUGGUGUGUUAUGGUCCAAGUGUCCGAAAACCAAGUUCUGUGGUGCAAGGCGCGUACGUAUUGCAGUAUGUGAGACAGUUGCUGUGUUCAACACUGGUGCUGCAAGCAAAGCUGUGAUAAUGAACUUGUGUGGUGUCACCCCUGGAGUCCAUACAAUGAGAGCUCUUAGAAAGCAGGAUGACACCAGACUGAAGACUGCAGCUAAAAAGGUAAGUAUGAAGUACCGAGAGAAAAGACAGAAACUCAGGGCGCAGCGAAAGUCAAAAGGUGACAAGAUGGCAUACCAACCUGGUGGCUUUGGACUAAGUGCCAAGCCUGUUGACACUGGAAAGAAAAGAAAAAGAACACCAAAACAGACAAAAACCAAUGACGUAAAUGAACAACCACAAAUAACCUUUGUUAUGCCGACUAUUGAAGUAAUUGGUAAAAAACGACGGACAUGA